CACGAACGCAGUUGGGCGUUUCAGUCAGACAAUUGAUACGAACGAAACCCACAUGGCGUGGACAAUGACAUUGGCUAACGUAACACACCUAGAUACUGGUUAUUUUACAUUCAUUUACGGCGAAAUGGAGAUGAAGCAAUACGUUUACGUCUUUGAUGAAACAAACCUCGUCACAAUCACCGACAAGAGCUACUACCCGAAUUACUACCUGUUCUUUUUCCAUCAAGGUGAAUUGGGUGUUCAAAUUCCAUGCAAGCCGACCCACCCCAGUGUCACCGUCUCUCUUAUCCGGAUUGAAGCAAUCAACGUCAUCAAUCCAGACCUUAAGGAUCUGCUUGCUGAACCCAAUUCCGGCUGGGGCUUCAGACCGGAACGCGAACUAACACUGAAAUAUGUGACGAUUGGUAACAAUGGCAAUUACAAAUGCGUUGGUACAAUGAACAACGUCACCGAUGAGAAGCAUUUCACAAUCAGUGUCAAAGGAAUAGAGUUGGAGAGAGUUGGUGAUGCUAAAGAUCCGGUGGUAGGAAGUAACAUCACUCUGAUAUGUCGUUCCAUGUUCCCCGAAGUGAAAUAUCCUGCUCCUCCGGAAUGGUCCUAUCAGAUCAAUAGUACAAUUGGAAUUCAAGUUAUAAAUGAAACACAUCCGCCUGAAAACUUUCGCGUACAGACGGAGGGAGAACGGCAAAAACACAACACGAACGGUUUCACCCUGAACUAUUACGAAAGCCGAUUGGAUUUGUUUAACAUAAACAAAAACACCUCUACUACGUUCCAAUGCAAAGCCAACAAAUACAAGGACGCGGUUACUAAAACCAUCUCGUUUCGGAUCAGGGCAGAUCCAACAAACGACCCUACAUCAGAUUUUGGUUUGGUGGAAAGGGAAUUAACAGCAACAAUUUUCACGAUUGGCUUCUCUGUAACUCUAAUUAUACUAAUCGUACUUGGAAUCGGCAUUGGCAUCAAAAUGCAUCUCGAUAAAAAAAAACAGAUACUGCCUAGAGUGAAGAAGCUACUUGAAGGAAGUACGAAAGAAAUCAAUAGCCAAUUAUCAUUAGAAGAACAAACUGAAUAUCUACCUUACGAUAAACGAUGGGAAUUUCCUAGAUAUCGCCUCAAACUUGGUGCUCAACUGGGAGUCGGAUGCUUUGGGCGGGUUGUUAAAGCUGAAGCCGUGGGAGUCAAACAUGCUGAAGAGACAGUUAAAACUGUUGCCGUCAAAAUGGUCAAAUCGCAGACCAAUAUCGCUGCAUUGGAGAAUCUCGUUAGUGAACUGAAAAUUCUUAUCUAUCUGGGCUCUCAUCUUAACGUGGUUAAUUUGCUGGGGGCCUGUACCAAACGCAUACACAAAGGCGAGCUGCUGGUUAUCGUCGAGUACUGUCGAUAUGGUAAUCUUCAAGUUUAUCUGGUCAACCACCGACGCAAUUUCAUCAACCUCGUAGAUGAAUUUGGUAACAUGAAAUCAGAGAACGAAACAGACGACGUUAAUCACAUGGGAAGAUGCCUAAGCUUGGAAGAAAACCAUUCUAGUACGGAGAAUCAACAUGACUUCACGCAAUUACACAAUACAACAAUACACAACGAGGAAGAACACGAUCUCGGCACAACUUUAAAUGGGCCGUUUUCCACACGCGAAUUGAUUUCCUGGUCGUUUCAGAUCGUCCGGGGAAUGAAUUACUUGUCUAGCAAAAAAGUGCUACAUGGCGAUUUAGCUGCACGCAAUGUUUUGCUAGCCGACGACGGUGUUGUCAAAGUGGCAGAUUUCGGAAUGGCUAAGAAAAUGUACUACGAACGGAACUAUGAGAAAACCGGCCAGGGAUUAAUGCCAGUCAAGUGGAUGGCCAUUGAAUCCCUGACGGAUCGGAUCUUUUCCAGUCAAUCGGAUGUCUGGGCUUACGGAGUUCUACUCUGGGAACUCUUUUCUCUUGGUAAAGUUCCAUAUCCAGGAAUGGACGCUGGUCAUUUACUGGUUCAAGCAAUUCAAAAGGGAUAUCGAAUGGAAAAACCAGACUACGUUCCCAAUUUCUUCGGUGAAAUCUUAACCGACUGCUGGAAAAGUGAACCGAAUGAGAGGCCCACCUUCAGUCAAUUAGAGGAGACGAUCUGCAAUCACAUGGAAACCUCAAUCAGUUCUAUCUAUUUGAAUUUAAACGCUGCAUACGUUAAAAUGAACGAAGAAAAAGACACUGCUACACCAACAGAUCUUUUUGGCCUGGCAAAAUUGCUGAACGAGAAAUCACAAUUGAAUGACAAAUUGUUACUUGACAACGAAUCACAUUCUCAAACGGUAGACAACGCGGUUCGGUAUUCAAAGUUUCCUCAGAAAAUUGAAAACUGUAAAAACAACUCCUGA